GUGGCAGGUCUGGCGGGCGCGAGGCGGCGGCGGUGGCCCGAGCCCGGCCCAGCCUCGUCCGCCCGCGGCCCGCCCGGCCUGACCCCGGCCCCGGCCUGACCCGGAGUGCCGCGGCCUCUCUUUGGCCCGGCCCGGUCGGGAGCCUCCCGAGGGAGCGGCUCUGCCUGCCGAGAGCGCAGGCCCGGCCAUGACCGACUUUAAAUUGGGCAUCGUGCGGCUCGGCCGGGUGGCCGGGAAGACCAAAUACACACUGAUAGAUGAGCAAGACAUACCACUGGUGGAGAGCUACUCCUUUGAGGCUCGAAUGGAAGUAGAUGCUGAUGGAAAUGGUGCUAAGAUAUUUGCAUAUGCCUUUGACAAAAACCGAGGAAGAGGCUCGGGCAGGCUUCUGCAUGAGCUGCUAUGGGAACGACAUAGGGGAGGUGUGGCUCCCGGGUUUCAGGUGGUACAUCUCAAUGCUGUGACUGUGGACAAUCGCCUGGACAACCUGCAGCUGGUACCAUGGGCCUGGCGACCCAAAGCUGAAGAGACCUCCAGCAAACAAAGGGAGCAAAGUUUAUAUUGGCUUGCAAUCCAGCAGCUUCCCACGGACCCUAUAGAAGAACAAUUUCCUGUCCUGAAUGUGACCCGGUACUAUAAUGCCAAUGGGGAUGUGGUUGAAGAGGAAGAGAAUUCCUGUACUUACUAUGAGUGUCAUUACCCUCCUUGUACAGUGAUUGAGAAGCAGCUUCGAGAGUUUAACAUCUGUGGGCGAUGCCAGGUGGCUCGAUACUGUGGCUCUCAGUGCCAGCAGAAGGACUGGCCUGCCCACAAGAAGCACUGUCGGGAGAGGAAGCGUCCCUUCCAACAUGAACUUGAACCAGAGCGAUGACGGGCUAAAGAGCUGCCACUGCUGCAGGUUCAAAGUUCCCGCUCAUCAUGAGCACAGUGGAAGACAGACUAGCAGUUGAACCUGGAGGUGCCAAAGAAGCCAGCAAUGGAUCCAGAGCAGCUGCCAUAAGACCGCACAGCAACAAGCAGCCUGUGGGGACAGUGCCCCUCCAGUGUUCACCUCCAGCAGAGACAACGGGGAGGCUCCCUAGGACCUUUCUCAUUAUUUAUAUGUUAAUAUGUUUGUAAACUCAUGUACAGUUUUUUUGGGGGGGAGGCAAGGGGGAAGGGUUAGCAACUUCAAAUAGAAUCAUUUGUUGUAUUUCUCAAAUGGUAAACAGUCACCACUCAGCUAGAGACUGUCAUGCAGUUGAGCUUCUCUUCUGGGCAGUGGGGGGGGGAGGGUCCCACCAAGAGGCUUGCACAGAGUCAUGUCUAAAUAGGCAGAGUAAAGGGGUAGAAUCAUCCUUGUUGUGGCCAGUCUCUGCUCCUCAAACCCCUGCUGUCCAUCUUUCUUUUUCUUUCUUUCUCUUUUUCUUUCUUUCUCUCUCUUUCUUCUUUCCUUUCCUUUUUUUUUUUUUUUUUUUUUCUUUAAGAGUGGGUCUCUGUAGUCCUAGCAGUCUUGGAACUCCUUAUGUAGACCAACCUGGCCUUGAACUUGAGAUCUACCUACCUCUGCCUCCGGAGUGCUGGGAUUAAAGGCGUGUAUUGGCACGCCUGGUUCAGCUUUAUUUUUGAGAAGAACUGAUAAUGGAUGGACUGGGAGGACCUGCAAUUACUUGUUCUCUGGUGGGGCAGAGAAAGUUAGCUAGAGUGCAAGGAAGGCUUUGACUUUUCUCUGGUGGCAGGUGUUAUAGAAUGUUCCGGUAGACUGUCUACUGCUUUAGUUACUGAAGGGUACUUAUCUUAGUUUCUGUUGCUGUGAUAAAACAACCAAAAAAGCAACCUGGAAAAGGGAUUAUUUCAGCUUGUAGUUCCACAUCAUAGUCCAUUACUGAAGGGAAUCAGGACCAAAGGUGAUGGAGAGGCCAUGGAGGACUGCUGCUUACUGGUUUGCUCAACCUACAUUCUUACAGCCCAGGAUUCCCAGGGGUGCCACUGCCCAGAGUGAGCUGGGCCAUCCCAAUACUCAAGAAAAAUAGGACAGACUUGCCCAUAGGCUUAUCUGGUGGGGGCUUUUCAUAAUUGCCCUCUUCCAAAAUGAUUCUUGUUUAUGUCAAGUUAACAAAACUAGUCAGCAAAGUACUAUAUAACCCUACAUUGGUAAAUUACCAGCUUUAAGCACAGGGACCCUGGGAGGUAGUAAGCUACUGCCGCAGUCCCAAUUGUGGGUUGAAGUAGAUGGGGUGGGAUCUACACAGCCAAAGGAGAGCCAGGGGUUCAUUCACUGUUGAGCUGUGGUCCUCAAAAUCUUUUAGGGAGCUACAGAUGUUUGAGGGCUGUUCGGCAUCUUGUGUGCUCUCCAGGAGUGAACCUACCUAUGACUGGAAUGCUACCUCUCUCAGGAUAUGGUCCCUCCUGCUUCAAGCUUUCUGUCCAACUGCUGACUGAGGCAGCUCCCUGGCCUUCUGGCCUUCUGGGUGGUCUACAGGUCCCUGUUAAACAUUCUUCCCUGUUGAAGCAUAUCUAUCACAUCCUUGAUUCACUACUCAGUGUUUUCUCUGGCCAAGCAUAAUGCUUUAAUGGCCUUAGGUUUAUGAAUAGAGCAUCUACUCAUAAUGGCACCAUCCCAUCAAUGUUUUAACUUGGGAAAUGUCCAUAUGUCAGACCUAUACCAAGAAACAUCCCUUUUUUUUAUUCUGGAGGUCAUGGUUGUUUUUAGCUGACAUAGUUCGGAACCCUGCUUGGAUCAUAGGUUGAACAUUAAUCAAUGUGGAAUCAUUGGGAGAGGGAGUUAUGUCAAUAUGUUGUAAAAUACUAUAGACAGUACCUGACUCAAGCCUUUAAUGUCUCCACUUGGAUACAAUACUUGAGGGAUUGUUGUAAAGGGAUCCCGGGCAGGUGGGUCACAUUUCUUGGGAUGGGCCAUCUAGACUACAGGCUGUGAUACUUGCUUGUAUCUUUAGGAAUGGCCAGGUUGGCACUGUGUCCUGCCUUUGUGCCCUGUCCAGCAGGGCCAGCUUUACUUUGUCAGCUUUGCAGCAGAAAAUUCUACCUAGAGAGAAGCACUUGGUUGGACAGCUAACCUGGAGGCACUGCUAGUGAAGGUGUUGGUAUACAUUGGGUUCUUUCAUUCAACUCUUCCUUAUCAGGCCACUUCGUGUUUUUACUUCAUAUCUGUUAUUAUCCCUGAUCUAAUUAUCUCCGCGUUUUCUAUGUAGCUCUUUAUCUGGGCUGUUCUAUGAAUGUUCUAGUGGUUCAAUUAUGAGACUCUCUCCCUUGUGUAGUAUGUUGGGCUAUGUGGCUUUGGAAGUAUCUAGUGUUGGAAGGAUUGAAGUUGUUCAGAACUCCCUAGGUGCCACCUCUGCUUUAGCUGUUAACCUGUCUCAAGCUACGUAUAUAGCCAUAUUCCUGCUUCAGUUUACAGGAUGGAUACCUAGGAGUCCUGUGAAUUUACUUCCUGGAUCUGUUGUAACUAAGUGCCAAAAACUGGAUGGACUAAAAUGAGAUUAUUGUCUGCUGG